AUGCAAGAUUCUCUAGGCUUGAUGCAGUUUCUUGAUCAUCACCAGUAUCUAUACAGCAGCAGUAGCAGCAACCUGCCACUGCAGCAGCCUUUGUUGUCCCAUCACCACCGAUUUCUUGAAGCCAAUGAGGGUUGCGCCGGCGAGGACGACUCGCCGGAGUUCGUCGAGCCGCCGGCGGCGGCGGCGGCGGCCGGGACGUUCGAGCAACGGCCGGAGUUAGGAGCGUGCAAGGAGGUGUACUCCGAGGAAGGCGGCGCGGCGGAGGAGAGGACGGGCGUGGCGAUGGCGGGGGCCGACGUCGAACAGGUGGCGGUGGAGGAUGAGGAGGAGGCUCACGGCGUGCGGAUGAUCGCGCUGCUGAUGGAGUGCGCGGCGGCGAUGUCGGUGGGCAACCUCGCGGGCGCCAACGGGGCGCUGCUCGAGCUGUCGCAGAUGGCCUCGCCGUACGCGGCGUCGUGCGGCGAGCGGCUCGUGGCCUACUUCGCCAGGGCCAUGGCGGCGCGGCUGGUGGGGUCGUGGGUCGGCGUCGUGGCGCCCAUGGCGCCGCCGCCGUCGUGCGGGGCCAUCAACGCCGCGUUCCGGGCGCUGUACAACGUCGCGCCGUUCGCGCGGCUCGCCUACCUGGCGUGCAACCAGGCCAUCCUCGAGGCGUUCCACGGCAAGCGCCUCGUCCACAUUGUCGACCUCGACGUCGUCCCCGGCGGCGCGCUGCAGUGGCUCUCGCUCCUCCCGGCACUGGCGGCGCGGCCGGGAGGCCCGCCGGUGAUCCGCGUCACCGGCUUCGGCAUGUCGGCGUCGGUGCUGCACGACACCGGCAACCAGCUCGCCGGGCUGGCGAGGAAGCUGUGCAUGUUUUUCGAGUUCUACGCCGUCGCGAAGCGACCGGGAGACGCCGACGCGGUCGCCGACAUGCCCGGAAGGAGGCCGGGGGAGGCGGUGGCCGUGCACUGGCUGCGCCACGCCAUGUACGACGCGGCCGGCGACGACGGCGCCUCCAUGCGGCUGGUGCGGUGGCUGGAGCCGGCGGCGGUGACGCUCGUGGAGCAGGAGAGAGCACACGGCGGCGGCGGCGGCCACGGGCGCUUCCUGGACAGGUUCGUCUCCGCGCUGCACCACUACUCGGCGGUGUUCGACGCCAUGGGCGCGUCGCGGCCGGACGGCGAGGACGCGAGCAGGCAUCUGGCGGAGCACGGCGUGCUCGGCAGGGAGAUCGCGAACGUGCUCGCCGUCGGCGGGCCGGCGCGGAGCAGCGGCCGGGAGGGGCCCGGGAGCUGGCGGGAGGUGCUCGCCCGGCACGGGUUCGCGCACGCCGGCGGCGGCGGCGGCGGGCGCGCGCAGCUGGUGGCCGCGGCGUGUCCGGGCGGGCUGGGCUACACGGUGGCGGGAGACCACGACGGCACGGUGCGGCUGGGGUGGAAGGGCACGCCGCUCUACGCGGUGUCCGCGUGGACGUGGUGCUCCCCGCCUCACGCGCGUGCUUAA